AACCCUCGAGUCUCAGUCCUUCCUUCACAAGACAAACAUGGGUUAUGGACCAGCCACGUUGACAUGCAAAAAUCUCCAGGAUUACUUGAAAUCUCUCCCCAAGGACACUUUAGAUGCUUUGUAUAGAAACCCGGCAACAUGUCUGGCUGUUUUUAGGGAGCUGCCGGAAUUAUCACGGCAUUUCAUUCUCCGUCUCCUGUUUGUGACGAAGCCAAUCUCCCAGAUACUCCUAGCUGCAUGGAUCCCACAUCAGGAACCAAGCAAAGACCUUGGAGACAUAGCAGCAGAGCACAAGCAGAGCACCCAGAUCCUGCUUGACAUGUACAUCUGGCAGGAGGUGAAGGACCAUCAUGGCAAUUCAGCUAUUAAACUCAGCAGUACUUUUAGAGAGAACUUAAAAAUUGCUACUCUAGGAGGAGGGAGACCUUGGACCAUGUCAGCUGCGUUAGAUCCAGACCCACAUCAAAGAGACCUGGAAUUUCUGGACAAAUAUGCAAUGGAUCGGUGGGAGAGUGUACUCCAGUUCCUUGUCCAGCCAGGGAGAGGAGCAACAGUAAUUUCUAGGGAUGCAAUGAGAACGUUGCUCCAUGCUGGUCUUAUUGAAAGCAGUGAUGAGUCAGAUUCGCCCAACAUGCAGAUCACAAGCUCCGGCUUCCAGUUCCUUUUGCUGGACACGGCCUCACAAGUGUGGUUUUUCAUCCUCAAAUACCUGGAGACAGUCACAGAGCGUGGACUCAGCCUUGUGGCUUGUUUGACUUUCCUCUUCAAGCUUUCCUUUUCUACGCUUGGAAAGGAUUACAGUAUGGAAGGGAUGAACAAUGAGCUUCUAACUUUUCUACAACACUUACGGGAGUUUGGACUUGUAUAUUUAAGAAAAAGAAGUUCUGGCAGAUUUUACCCUACAAGAUUAGCUCUUAAUAUAACAGCAGGUCAGAAUAAGGGCAACCUUGACGUUCCCAAACAGGGGGAUCUUGUCAUAGAAACAAAUUACAGAAUAUAUGCCUAUACCACUUCAGAACUACAGAUUGCACUUCUCUCCAUAUUUUCCGACAUAGAGGGCAGGUUUCCUAACAUGGUUGUAGCUUGUAUAUCAAGAGGAAGUGUGAGAAGAGCUCUGUUGAAGGGUAUCAGUGCUGAACAAAUUAUUAGCUUCCUCAGACAGCAUUGUCAUCCUCAGAUGUACAAACAAAAUCCAGUUGUUCCACGUACAGUUUCAGAUCAGAUUAAACUGUGGGAGAUGGAAAGAGAGAGACUCGAAUUUAGUGAAGGAGUAUUGUACAAAGAUUUCAUGUCAGUUCAUGAUUACCUUUUGCUCUCAAAUUAUGCAUCCAGCAAAGGUGUUUUGAUAUACUCAGAUGAAAAACAGAGAACAGUGGUUGUAACAAAGAAAGGACAUCCAGCAAUAAAACAGUUUUGGAAAGAAAACCAAUCAAAAUAAGUGGAUAGAGAUUAUUAUAGUACUGUUGAUAGCUGUAGAAAAAUAGUGAUUUUUUCUUUUUUUCUUUUUUUCUCAAUGCCACUUCUCCCCCUUGCUGUGGGAUAUAUGGGGUAUUAACUUAACUUUAAAUCAAUUACUUUUAAUAAGGGGAGGGACAUUUUUCAUUUACUAAGAUAAUUGGUAUUUAACAAGUUCUUUAAGAAUUUGGAGGACCUCAGCUUCAUUCUUGGGAAAUGGAGAAUGCGUGAGGAUAGAAAUAAAGGAAGAAAGCUCGCUGAUUAGAAACAGAAGAUUAAUAUUUUUGUCUACACUGUACCUUGGAAUAAAAGUAAAUGUUAUAAA